UGUAUUCGUGUCAGCCGGUGUCGUUAUCAAAGAGAGGAUCACUUGCGGACCGAAUGUGUCGAUCGAGUGCAGUUGGCCUCUAGCGAGGUCAGUGGUAUACAUAUAAUUGAGACAGGCAGCUUCCGAUCGUUAGUUCUUUCGGUCAGUAGAUUCUUGACAGCCGCAGAACCGUAAAGAUGGUCAUCAGAAUAGCGCUGAUUCAGCUGAGAAUUGCUGGACCGAAGGAGAAGAUUUUAAAGAAUGCUGUAGAUUUGAUUCGGAUCGCCAAGAAGGAAAAGGACGCCAAUGUGGUUGUGCUACCGGAAAGUUUCAACUGUCCCUAUAAUGGGCAUAGUUUCGAAGCCAGUGCUGAAGAAGUACCACUCGGACUCACCUGUCAAGCACUGAGCCGGGCAGCUAGUAAUUUUGGUGUUUACAUUGUUGGAGGUUCUAUUGCGGAGAUUUUCUGUGGAAAGCUGUACAAUACUUGCACGGUUUGGGGACCCGAUGGUGAGCUGGUGGCAAAACAUCGUAAGGUCCACCUACGCAACGCAAACAUCCCCGAACAAUUUGCCGUUGAUGAAUCCCAGGUGAUCACCCGUGGCAACUGUUACACAACGUUCUUCGUCGGGGAAACCAAAAUCGGACUGGGUGUUUGCUGGGAUAUGCGUUUUCCGGAAUUUGCCGCUGCCUAUCGACAGAUGGGUUGCGAUUUGCUGAUUUACCCAGCCGCUUGCGAUGCCUACACCGGAGAGAUGCACUGGGAACUGUUGGCCAGAGGUCGUGCCUUAGAUAAUCAGGUGUUUGUUGCGUUCUGUUCACCUGCUAGGGAUUCGCACGCGGAACUGAUUUGCCACGGACACUCGCUGGUCGUUGAUCCAUGGGGUCAAAUCAUUCAAAUGGGGACCGAGUUUCAGGAAAUCGUGGUGGCCGAUUUAGUGCUUAAAACGCUGAAGGAAGUGCGCGAGCAGAUCCCGGUACUGAAGCAGAAGCGGGAAGAUUUGUAUGAGCUAGUUGUUAAGAAGUGAACUGUCCGAGAAGUUAUUGUGCUGCAUCAACGGAAUUUUAUUACCAAGUGCAUAGUGUAAUAGGUUCAUAAAUUGUGAUAAUAAAAAUAAUUUAUGUUCUACCGGGGAUUAUUGAUA